CCAUCCGUCACCCAGAAGAGCUGUCCCUGCUGCGGGCGCCGGAAGAGAAGGACAAACGGAAGCAGAAGGAGAAAGAGGAGACCACGGCUCGGAGUUAUGACCUCACCAGCGUCCGGCUGCCAGCAAGUGCAGAGCAACAGACUUUCCGUGGGAUGCCUGCUCACUUUUCGGACAGCGCCGAAACCGAGACUUGCUACCGGAUGCUGUCGGUCAGCCAGACUAGCCUGACUCCCGAGCAGAUCGUCCGAAUGCACCGGCCGGGAUCCCUUGUGGAAAAAACCAAGAUCAAUGGCAG